UACAGCUACCUGUUGCCGGAUACAUGCAUAUACCCGAUUCUGCGAAAGGACAAAGUGAGAAUACAUUGAUCCAUGAUGGCGUCGGGGGACAAUCUAAUGGUAGCAGCGAUUGACUUUGGGACUACAUUUUCCGGAUACGCCUUCUCAUUUCGUCACGACUAUGAUCUGAAUCAUCUAAAUAUUUAUACAAAUACAUCAUGGAUAGCUGGAGGUGCUGGGUUGAUCUCCUGGAAAACUCCAACAACCCUCCUUCUAAAUCCGGAUCAGACCUUUAAUUCGUUUGGCUACCAAGCUGAAGAAGAGUACAUUGGUCUGUUGGAAGACAAUGGAGAAGACAAAGACAGUUAUUACUACUUCAAACGAUUCAAAAUGUUACUCCACGGGAAAAUGAAACUUGACAGGAAUGUGACAAUAAAGGACAUCGCCGGGAAGGAGAUGCCAGCUCUUGAUGUCUUCUAUCUCUCUAUCCAUUACCUCAAGGAAAACCUUAUGCAGACACUGAAGAACAAAAACAUUGACAUACAUGAACAUGAGAUAAGGUUCGUUCUCACCAUCCCAGCCAUCUGGAAUGAAGCAGCCAAACAGUUCAUGAGGGAAGCGGCCAUUAAGGCAGGAAUAUUAUCGAGGAAUCUUGUCCUUGCCCUUGAACCGGAAGCUGCGUCAUUAUAUUGCAAAAACAUUCCUGUGGACCGGAUGGACACCGGAAAUCUAGGAGAGACUUCAAUAAUUCCUUUCCGUGAAGGAAUGAGCUACAUGGUAUUGGAUCUAGGUGGAGGCACCGUUGACGUUUCAGUACACAUGGUGACAGGGAACGAUACAUUAAAGGAAAUCUUCAAGGCUAGCGGAGGGGCUUGGGGAGGAACAAGAGUCGAUCAAUCCUUUAAAGACUUGAUUACGAGUGUCGUAACCGAAGAAUGUUUCGACACAUUCUGUCGUGAUAACCGGCUAGACCUUUUAGAUUUCGAAAGGGAGUUUGAACUAAGGAAAAGAACUAUAGUUGAUUCUUCGUGUAAGCCUGUGGUGUUGAAAAUCCCCGUGGCGCUGCCGUCAACUUUCGAAGAGAUGACUCACAAAUCUCGAGACGAUGCGAUUGCAGAGUCGGUCCAUAAUGGGAGAAUCAAAUUCAAGAGGGACAAAAUCCAUAUAGAUGCCGAUUUAUUCUGCAAGUGUUUUUAUGAAUGCACGGAAAGCAUUAAAAAGCACGUUACUGAUAUUCUGAAAAGGCCAGAAAUAAACGGCCACCUCGAUGCCAUUAUCAUGGUGGGAGGAUUUUCGGAAUGUGGCGUGAUCGUACAAUCUGUUCGGAAAGAAUUUCCAGACAUGCGCGUUAUCGUGCCACAAGAUGCAGGGUUGGCUGUUGUAAAAGGUGCAGUACUUUAUGGACAUUGUCCGACAGCUAUUUCCUCCAGGGUCUGCAAAUUUACCUAUGGGAUAGCAGCGAAAAGCGUCUUUAAGCCGGGUAUCCAUCCUGAAAAUCAGAAAUCUGAGGAUAAUGGGAAAUUUUACUGCAAUAACGUAUUUAGAAAGUUUAUCGAAAUUGGCAAUGACGCAAUAAUAGGGCAACCUAUCAAACAAAGAUUUGGCAUCACCAGUUUGACCGCUCCCGUUGUCAUAGGGAUUUUCGCGUCCUCUGAGCCCAGUCCGACAAUGGUGACUGACGACAGCUGUGUGAAGAUGGGAAGCGUCACAGUCCCUCCACCGGAAGGUGGCUGGAAACCGGACACUGAUAUUGAAGUUGACAUGGACUUUAGCGGCACGGAGUUUACAGUGAGUGCACGCGAUGCAAAUGACAGUUCGUCUUCUCUUCCAGCAACCUUCGAUUUCCUGGAAUUGAAUGAAAAAUAAAGAAAACAGCUCGAAAAUGUUCCUAAUAUGAAAUGAAAAAGUUACAGCAUUUUAAAUCUUAACGACAAAAAUAAAAAAAAUUUAAAUGAUGAAUACUCAAUUUUUGAAAUCGACCAAUCACCA